GUUUCAGAACGUCGUGCGUUGCGGACUGCGGUAAAUAAUUCAGUGUUCCGCCCUGUGAUAGUGAUUUUAUUUCUCGAAUUUCCGCUGCAUUUGGCAAAGGAUCAGUCGGAAAAGGCACAAUGGCAUCGCUCAACUUGACCGUGUUGUCCAAGUUUUCCAAAUUGGCUCCUCUCGUCACGAAAAAUUUGAUCCGACCGGCGGCGCAAACCCGUGUUAUCCCCGCUGCUGGACUGGGCGGCCUUCGACGGUACUCCAAUGAAGAGGCUCCCAAGAAGGAUGAAGAGCUUUCCGAAAAUGAAAAGAAACUCACCACCGAGAUCGAAGGACUCAAAAAGGAAACGGAAUCGCUCAAUGAGAAAGUUAAACAACUUGAUGAUAAAUAUAAACGUGCCCUCGCGGAUGGAGAGAAUCUACGGCAACGGCUGACCAAGCAAAUCGAAGACGCAAAGUUGUUCGGAAUUCAAGGUUUCUGCAAGGAUCUUCUGGAGGUGGCCGAUAUUCUGGGUCAUGCCACGGAAGCAGUGCCGAAGGAAGAGAUCUCCGAUAAGAAUCCCCACCUAAAGAACCUCUACGAAGGCCUAACAAUGACCAAAGCACAGCUGAAUCAGGUUUUUAAACGGCACGGAUUGGAAACGGUUAAUCCUCUGAAUGAGAAAUUCAACCCAAAUCUACACGAAGCGCUAUUUCAGCAGGAGGUACAAAAUGUCGAACCCAACACGGUGGUCGUAGUAAGCAAAAUUGGCUACAAAUUGCACGAGCGUUGCAUACGACCCGCUUUGGUUGGCGUCUCGAAGGGAUAAAUCGUAACAACAGCUGGGACAGAUGGUUUUUAACCGGACAAUGUGUGAAUGUACUACUACUACUACUAAAUACUACAAGAGGAUUCCAAAUGUGUUUAGAGAGGGAUGGACGUUAAUUUGUUGUAUAGCGCUAAGUAGAGCUGAGUUACUGAGAUUUGGCCAUGUUCAAAUGGACGAUCAACAAUAAUAAUAAUAGAUGAAACUACAAAA